UUUGGCUCGCACUAUAGCAACCCCCGCCCUUUUCUUCCGCCUGUGGCUGCUCAAGCAUUCAGGACAUUUUGCGGUGGCGAUGAAUCUUGCAAGACAUGCAAUGUUCCAGUUGCAGAGGCGGUGUUUAUGGAGUCGAAUGCCUAGGGCAUUUUCGACGAUUCCAGGAAUGGAGCUCCCAGUGCUGUCUGAGAAAUUGGAGGAGCUAGCCCGCCCAACAAAGCGAAGAAUUGAAGAAGCAAAGGUGCUACACCCCGCUUUCUACACAGAUCAGUCCUACGCGCAGAUCGAAAGAGAACGGCUUUUUGGGAUGAAUUGGUUUGCUGCUGCACAUGUGCACGAAGUCUCGAAUCCUGGCGAUGUCAAAGUCAUCGAGGUAGGAAAGACAUCCAUCAUUUUGACAUGCGACAAAGACCGCAAGCUUCAUGCGUUCUACAACUCGUGCCGGCACAGAGGGGCUCGCGUUUGCUCCACUAGCACGACCGGAUGCAAACAGCUCGUUUGCCCGUACCAUUGGUGGGCGUACCGCCUCGAUGGCAGCUUAAAGGCGACCCCGCCUGCAGCUCUGCCAAAGGAGCGCAAAGAAGACCUGGGCUUGCUUCCCAUUCCUGGGCUGGAGACGUUUGCAGGUCUGGUCUUCUUGAACCAGUUGCCCAAUCCUCCACCUUUGCGGGACUUUCUGGGGGACCUGCCGGAGAAGCUGCAGCGGUACGAUUUGGAUGACAUGGAGUUAUUCUCCCAGAAGAAGUACGAUAUUGGAGGAGAUUGGAAACUCAUUGCAGAGAACUUUGUCGAUUUCUACCACAUCGAUGCAGUGCAUCCAGAACUCUCAAGGGGAAGUUCCUUCUGCUUGAGGGGGUGGAGCUUCCUUGAAGAAGUGCUUACACUAUUCAUAUGGUUUUCUCGUGUAGAUGAUCACCUUCCAUACCAAGGUGAUGGCCAAUAUGUGGGCUUUGUGACAUCGCCUUUGACUGAUUGUGGAGGACCAGGUGACAGCGUGAAGUUCAACAGGUUUCCAAGACUGCGGGAAGUUGAGUCUCAGGCGGCUUUGUUCUUCCAUAUCUUCCCCAAUGUCUCUGUGACAAUCUAUCCACACUCAGUGUACACCUUGCUGACCCUACCGUCCAAGACACCUGGACGGACAGAGGAGAAGCUGACCCUGCUCAUGGCGCCACAAGCGCGCAAGGCUGAUGUGAGUGAAGAUGAGCAUACAGAGAGAUGUCAAGCCUUGAUGGACUUCGUCACGAACAUCAAUGAUGAGGACGUAGUGGCAAUUGAAAAUUUGCAGAUUGGAUUAGCAAACUUGGAGGGGCAAGGCAUGCAUGGCCAGUUCUUGCCAAAGUACGACUGGCCAGUGCAUCGUUUCCAAAACAUGGUCUUGAGUGGCUUAGAUGGCGAUGCUCUGCGCGAGGAAUUUAUGCCAAAACUGGGCAAUGCGUUUGAGCAACAGGUCCUGAGCGGUUGAGUGGUGACUGUGCUUGGCCGGGUGAUAGAGGAGUAGAGGAUGCUGUUUCUGAACAGAUCAAGUAGUUUCUGAGUCAUACAGUCUAGAGGCUUCCAGCCUCUGGAUCAAUUGGCAAGCAUGACGACUUGUAGAUAGUGUGAAUAAUGUAAAUAGGAUUGUCAAUUAGCUUGCGCCGCAUUUGAUGGUAGGCUGGUUGGGGUCGUCAUUGUGGCGACUUCCUAACCUCCAGCCCUUGCAACUCUUUUGUGCACAUGCGGCGCAUGCUUCUCAAAGCCGUGAGGUUCCUUUGGCCUUACGCAUCUCAUCAUGACGGCUGGUUUCUGCACAUCUUUUCCCUGGCACACUGAUGCUUUUUUGAAGAAGCCUCUCAGUGUCUCAUGUUUUAGGCUCAUUGCCCUUGCCUACACAGCCAUGCCCUCGAUGAAGAUUUCCCAAGUUCCCACUGCGAAUACAAAAGGUAGCGUUAUGAAGCAUCAACACCUGUCGUAUGACUGCACACCUUCAUUGAUUUAAUCGCGUUCCAGUCUUUUGUUGUGGCCUUCGACAGAGCUAGCAGAGCCCUUUUGAAAAAAUCAGCUUUCGGUAGCUGGAUCAAUUGGGCCUGCAGGAGCGAGUAGCAAGCAGUGGAAGAACACUAAAAGAGUCUUCCACUUAGGCUCAGCGCAGAGUGCACUGAACAUGCACAAUUCGUCAUUUCUUCGCUCACGCCAGGGAACGUUGUCUCUUCUCAACUGUGAGAGGAGUCACGCGUUUCUCUUCUGGACUAGGAGGGAGAGGAGUAGCGGAAAGUCUGUGGUCAGAUGCUGCAAUCAGUACUGCACUGUCCUUUUUUCCUCGCUUGAUAUUUAGUUACCCCUUUUGUUUAUGUGUUUCUUUAUUUAGCCUGAUGAACUAUGCUGAAAUCAAUUGCGAAAUGUUCAAUUAUUUACAAUUUGUAUCACUGCAUUCUACCUCAUGGUUUGGGUAGCGCAGUGUUGGGGCUUCAGACUCAGACUUCCAGCUGC